AAGUUCCCCUUUCAGCCAGGCAAGAAGCACUCACUGAAAGCUGAGAGGAAAUGACAUGAGCGGCCAAAGCAUGCCACCCACCCUUUCCAACACACACCCAACCCCUGUGCCCUCCCAAGACAAGAGCCCCAUUUCGGGGUGGAGUUUCCCGGCCUGGGUGUGGUCCGGGAAGCGAGCCAAGGCGCUGAUUACAUUCAGCUGCUGUGCAAGUUGUGGCCACCGCUUUUCACCGAUCCGGAGAAAGAUAUUCCGCGAUCUUCCCGAUUUCCAUUCGCUUUGCUCUCUCCGCCUCCUCAGACUUCCUCCAUUUCAGUGACAUUCCGCACAGUCCAUGUGGUCAGCGGCACCAGCCACGAGGCAGAUCUAGCAGGAGGGGCGAGUCUGCGUCAGAAAUAUGGGCCUGCUUCAGCUGCUGAAGUCCCAGUUCCUUUGCCACCUGGUCAUCUGCUAUGUGUUCCUGGUCAGCGGCCUCAUCAUCAACUUCCUUCAGAUCUGCACGCUGCCCCUCUGGCCAAUCAACAAGCAGCUGGCCCGCAGGAUCAACUGCAGGCUGGGCUACUCCAUCGCCAGCCAAAUGGUGGCACUGCUGGAGUGGUGGUCAGGCACAGAGUGCACACUCUACACUGACCCCGAGAGCUACCCGCUGUACGGCAAAGAGAACGCCAUUGUUGUGCUCAACCACAACUUUGAGAUCGACUUUCUGUGUGGCUGGACCUUCUGUGAGAGAUUUGGCGUCCUGGGGAGCUCCAAAGUGCUGGCCAAGAAGGAGCUGGCAUAUGUUCCUCUGAUUGGCUGGAUGUGGUACUUCCUGGAGAUUGUGUUCUGUAAGAGGAAGUGGGAGGAGGAUCGCAGGACAGUGGCGAAAAGUCUUCAGAACCUGCGGGACUACCCAGAAAACUACUGGUUCCUGCUGCACUGUGAGGGGACACGCUUCACGGAGAAGAAGCAUCAGAUCAGCAUGCAGGUGGCAGAGAGCAAGGGCCUGCCCAAACUGAAGUACCACCUCCUGCCCCGCACCAAGGGCUUCUGCAUCACCGUCGAGAACCUCAGAGGAACAGUUACCGCUGUGUACGAUUCUACACUUAAUUUCAGAAACAACGAAACUCCAACUUUGCUGGGAGUUCUCAAUGGGAAAAAAUACCAUGCCGAUUUAUACGUGAGGAGAAUUCCUCUGGACACCAUUCCAGAGGACGAGACAGAGUGUGCAGCCUGGCUUCACAAACUGUACCAGGAAAAGGAUCAGUUUCAGGAGCAGUAUUCCCAGACAGGGCGUUUCCCAGGCCCCAUAGUAAGCCCACCGCGCCGGCCUUGGGCCCUCCUUAACUGGCUUUUCUGGGCCUGCCUGCUGCUCUACCCGCUGGGCGUGCUGCUGGUCCAGGUGGUUAGUGCCGGCUCCUCCCUCACCAUCGUCAGCACUGUGGCACUCUGCGUGGCAGCCUCUGUCGGCGUCCGCUGGAUGAUUGGACAGACAGAGAUUGACAAGGGCUCCAGCUAUGGGAACAAAGAUGUCCCUCUUAACAACAACUGAAGACUCUAAAGACAACAGCAGCCAACCUAAAAAAAAAGACUGUUCCACAUGGAGCUGGAACAGUUUACAAAUAACAGACUAUGCAGCUACUUGGAGACAGAAGAGGAUAUGAAAGCAACUGAGAAAAUGGUGGCAAUGUUAACAGCCAGCCAGAGGGGUCCUCAGAGGGCUAUUCUGAAUAGAUCAGAAUGGUUCUGAACUGGACUAUGGAUUCAGUUAGCUGAACUCAGUUAUCCUCCUCAGGUUCAAGAACCUGUUUAACACAGUUCAAGUACACAGCUGGACACAUUUUACCACGGAGCCAUGUACAGCUACACAUUUGCCCAGGAAAAUGAUUAAUUGUACACUGUGGAGAGAAUUCUAAUUCCCUGUCACAGUUCUAGAUGAAAUACGUGUUUGAAUGCUUCCAUGCAGUGAUAUGCAGUACUAGUUUUACAUCAACUGAACAGGUACCUUAUUUGGACAGGCUUGUUCCAAAACGCUGUCAGUCAGCAAUCCCUGACCAAAGCACUAAGAGAUGGCAAAAAAUAAAGUGAAUGUUUUUGAGAUGUCUUGG